GAAAGUUGACAGUUCACUUGGUACAAUGGACAAGACGCACUUGCUGAGUGACCAGGAUGGCGCGUCAGGUCCAGGCAGAUCUUAUGGAACUUGUACAGAUCCAAACACAGAGGCAAAUGAUGGGGCGACAGCUCCUCCUGCUGAUCUCAUGCCUGUGGUUCCUGGAUAUGAGAAUUUGGGACCUAAUGUUAUUCCACCAUCAUAUUUUGGAUCCUCACAACCAGAAGCCCCACCCAGAGCUCCAGAGAGACGCUUUGACAUUCCUGCGAUCAGUGAAGAACUUGCACAGGAGGCCUUCACAGAUUAUGUGUCCAGCAAAUGCUGUUAUAGCUCUAAACCAGUCAAAGAGAUGGUGUUCACAGAACUGCAGUCCCUCAACACAUAUCGGUACCGACUGGAGACUUUUACAGAGUCCAGAACAACAGAAUGGGACAGUGAACCAUACAACGGUCAGGUGGUGGAUGGAUUUGGAGUGGCUCCUGAACCGUGGAGCAUUCCAGUGCCCGUGCCAUCCCUCUUCAAAAACUGCAAAAAAUCAGUCCGCGUUCCUCACACAUCGACUGUCAAAGGUUGUCACUCAUGCCUGAAUCUCGGUAGAUCUGCUUGCAGAAAGUGUGUAAACUCAGGCAGGACUCGCUGUGGACACUGCUGUGGCACAGGAUGGAUAUCCUCUUCUGAUCGCCGGCGCUGUGGUUUUUGUAGCGGCUCUGGCAUGGUUAGGUGUCAUUCAUGUGGAGGAGUUGGUUCAAUCACUUGCAAAACAUGCAAAGGUCACGGAAAGCUUCUCUGCUUCAUUAAACUGAUAGUUACAUGGAAAAACAACAUUCACGUGUCUGUCAUUGACAAGGGUUCAGGAUUCCCUCUCGAGCUUCUCAAUCAAAUCACUGGAGAGAAACUGCUUACUGAUAUGGCUCCAAUGGUUUAUCCAGUUGUCAGUUUUCCAGACCACUCUGUGAAUGCAGCGUCUGAAAGUGCUGUUAGGGAACAUCAGGCUCAGUUCUGCACCACUUGUCGUAUUCUCCAACAGAGGCAGACCAUUGAGCUGAUUCCGAUCACGCAAGUUUAUUACGCCUGGAAGGAGACAACACACACUUUUUAUGUUUAUGGAACAGAACACAAAGUUUACGCUAAGGAUUACCCUGCCACAUGCUGCUGCUGCUCAAUCCUUUAAAGAUUCAGUAAACCAUCAUCUGUAAAAUUAAAUACUUUAAAUUCAAUCAGUAUUGAAUUAUCAGUGUCAAUUUACACCGUAUUAUGCAGAACAAAAGCAAUCGGGACUUAAAUCAAGCGAAUAUUCCUGCAAUUAGUUGUAUUAAGGUGAUUUAAGUUUUUUUUUUGCUUUCUAUAAUACUAGAUAUAAACUGACUAAUUUGUGAUUAAAUAAACACUAAAAUAUGCAUUCAACUUAUAAAAAAUGAAAUAUAAAUUGUUGUUUUUAGUUUCUAAAAUGCUGCCUGUUUAGCUUAUUUUUCCUGGGUUCUGUUUGUUUGUAUGCACUUUAAUGAUUCCAAUCAAUUUUGUAAUAAAACAUGUUUAAUACUUUAAA